AUGUUGGGGCGCCUCAAAAGCCCUCUCUUUUCUCCCCCGUCCCCUCACCCCCCCUCCUCCCUCCAGCUGACGGAGGGCAACACAUGGCUGUACGACACGCUCGGAGUGACGCCCACCAACAGCUGGGCCAUCGACCCUUUUGGCCAUUCUGCCACCAUGCCGUACCUCUUGAAGAGGUGGGUGGGGUGGGGGCAUUUUGUGGCACUGGUGGUGUUGGGUACCUGGGCUGGUCUAUCCGGAUUCGCCAACAUGCUGAUUCAGCGCACGCACUACGAGGUGAAAAAGGCCCUGGCGAAGCAGAAGCAUCUGGAAUUCUUCUGGCGACAAGCAUGGGACCAGUUGGGGGGUGUGAUGGGCCAGUCGGGGGGUGCGAUGGGCCAGUCAGGGGGUGCGAUGGGCCAGUCAGGGGGUGCGAUGGGCCAGUUAGGGGGUGCGAUGGGCCAGUCAGGGGGUGCGAUGGGCCAGUCGGGGGGUGUGAUGGGGGAUGAGCUAAUGCAAGGACAACCGAGGUCAGAAGUGCAGCAGGGAAGAGGUGCGCAGGGAGGACAGCUAACAACCCCCUGUCUUCCCCUCUCUUCCUUUUUCUUCCUCUCUGUUCCACAACUUCCCCUUUCCCUGCAUUUCCUCCCUCGUUCUUCCUCCUUUCUGCUGUUCCGCCAUCCCCAUCCCAAGUGGCGCAAGAAGUCUCUUCUCUUCCGCACCAACGUGCUGCUGGUCCCUCUGGGGGAUGACUUCCGCUACUCCUCCAUGCUCGAGGCCCACGCGCAGUUCCACAGCUACGAGCUGCUCUUCGCCUUCAUCAACUCUAGAAAGUCGCUCAAAGUCAACGCCAGCUUCGGCACUCUCGACGAGUACUUCACCGCCAUGCGCGCCGACGAGCAUGUCACCGCCAUGCGUGCCGACGAGCAUGUCACCGCCAUGCGUGCCGCCUCGGCCCGCCAGAGAGAAAAGCAGCUCCACAGAAUCUCCCACCAGGGAGCAAGCCAGCGGACUUCGCACCAGCAGCGGGACCACCAGCGCCGGCUCUUUGCUAACGAAGCCAACGCCAGCUUCGGCACGCUCGACGAGCAUGUCACCGCCAUGCGCGCCGCCUCCGCUCGGCAGAGAGCAAGCCAGCUAUGGGCCCAGCUAAACCCAGACCUAAAUCUGAACAGCAGUGAGGCGAUGGCUUUUGAGUCGACUCAACAGCCGUUGCUCCGCACUGACUCAUUAGAUCAGAAUUCACAAUUAGACCGCCAGGGAAACCAGCAGCACCAAGAGGACAUCCAGCGCCGCCGCCUCUUAGCUAAAAGAGAUCCCUACCUAAAACUAGCCACAUCCUCCUCUAGCGCUUACCUAAAAGUCAGAAGUUCCCCAGCCGCCCCCCGGGCUACCACCGCCAGCAGAACCGACCAACUGCGCCCGCUGCUGCCAUCUCUCUCAGGGGAUUUCUUCACGUACGCGGAUCGCGAUCACGACUACUGGAGCGGCUUCUUCUCCUCGCGCCCCUUCUGGAAGGCCGUGGACCGAGCGCUGGAGGCGAGUAUGAGAGCGGCUGACAUGCUGUACGCGCUCUGCUGGGCGGACUGGAUGGGCGCUUCUCAUGGUGGCAGUGGCGAGUCCAAGGAGCUGCCCUUCCCCCUCAAGUGA